AUGACAUAUGCCCAUUACAACUGCAAUGGUAAAAUAUGGUUCUUUGUAAAUGAUAAUGUGGAUGUGGAGAUCCUGCAGGAUCUAGAACAACAGAUUACUAUAAAGCUAUUUUUCCAAGAGUGGAAUAAGUCACUUAUGGUAACUAUGGUCUAUGCAAAGUGUGAUCGUUUGGAAAUAAUCAGUUUAUGGGAUAGUCUGUAUAGUUUGGCUGAUCAAAUGGAACUGCCUUGGGCAGGUAGUGACUGUGUUUUCAAGAGAUUGGAUAUGACUGCAAACUCUAAAUUACAAGAUUGGUUUGCACAUAUGGAGGUGCAACAUUUAUCUAGAACUGUCUCAGACCAUGUUCCUUUACUACUUACUUAUGUUGAAUCUUCACAUCACAUAAGGAAGCCUUUCAGAUUUUUAAAAUUCUGGACAGAACAUGAAUCCUUCUUAGAGGUGGUUAAUCAGGCAUGGAUCACAGAUUUUGAAGGGGAUGAUUUUAUCAGAUUCAAGCUGAAAUUGAAGAAUGUGAAAUCUGCUUUAUCUGCUUGGAGUAAGGAAACUUUUGGUGAUAUUUUCAAGCAACUAACAGUAAGGGAAGAGGUGAUGAGAAUUAAAGAGCAAUGUUUUGAAGAGGAUCCUACUCAUAUGAACAAGAUGGUGCUACAGCAAGCACAAGCAGCAUUGAAAAAGUAUGUUCAUUAUGAGGAAGAAUUUUGGAGACAAAAGUCACAUAUGACUAGUUUUGCUGAGGGUGACAGGAAUACAAGGUACUUUCAUAGUAUUGUGAAUGGUAGGAGAAAGAGAUUGCAGAUCAGAAGAAUUCAGAAUCAGCAAGGAGUAUGGAUAGAAGGGGAGUCACUUUUGGCAGAAGAAGCUUGUAGAUUUUACCAACAACAGUUCUCUCAAGAGGUUGAUCCUUUAGAUUCUCAAUUGCUACAACAUGUUCCUAGUAUGGUGGAUUAG